AUGGUAUUUCUCCGACUUACAGUCAAAGUCUUCCCGCGGGAGCAGCUGAGCUCGAGCUCCAGCUCCAGCUGGGGUAGAACCCUCCUCGGCGCACGAAAGUCUACAAACGACGACUCCAGCCAGGGAUCUGGUGUCUCAACAACAUUGAAGAAGCCCGGUGUCUUUUUGCUUGUCCUCGAACAUCCAGAAGAGGUUUCGCUCGGUGGGCUCGCGGGAAUGAUCCAAGAACAUUGGGGAAAGCUUCAUCCAGAGCUGGAACCGCUUUCGAUCAAGAAAAUCCUCGACGAUACGAAGGAGGAUAUCGAUCUUUACCCUGAUUUGACCGUUGCUGAUGUCUGGGUUGACUAUGGAAAAGCUCGCGCUGAUGGCCUUGACCAGCGCGGCUCCGUUCGCGUUCUCCAAAAGCCUACCUCAACUGCCCCGGAGCGAUUCCCCUCUGUCGAACAGGAUUGGGAUGCUGCUAUUGUUUCUUACGAGCGCAAGCGUGCCAUGAAGGAUAAAAAGGAAGCCAUGGAGAGCCAAAUACCUGCCAUUCAGGAAGAAGACGAAGAGAGUAGCGCCGAAUCACGGCGUACUCACUCUCGGUCCUUGUCUCAAUCUCGCAUCGAUUGGGAACAUUCGCCUCAAUCGCCUCAACAUACCAACAAUGGGUCUCGUACGUCAACCAAGAAGUCAGUUGAGCACCGCCAUCGCGAUUUACCUGUUUCUUCUGUUGAAAUUCGCAGUCCCGUCACCACUCCCCCACCAGCAAAAUCCAACGGUCUUACAAUCGCUGGUACGCCGCCUCCCAGGCGUGAGAGCGAGGAGCUCGGCGAGUCUCCAUCGCCAGCCGAGCGACGAACUUCCAGUGCAGGGUCCCAACAUACAGCUGCAUCUUUAGUUACCAGGUCCCCGGAACCGCAGUCUAAGCCGCAAAAGCUCGUCAAGUUACCAAAUGCGAGCAGAAUAGUUAAGCGGACAAUUACGCAAAUGCCUGACGACGCAGAAUCCCCACCUCUGUCGUCUGCGCUUAAUGAUACCACUACCCAAGAACAAACUCAAUCUACCGAGGAGGCUACCGCGAGUUCGAGUGACAGUGAAUCAGAGUCUGCUCCGCAACAUAUCGUGGAAAACCCACUCAAGGCGGGCAUGACCGGUACAUUCAACCGUCAGGGGCAUGCGGAUGUAGUAGCUAAGAAAAAAGCCAUCCGAAGCGGUGAUCGGGACCCCCGUGAGGAGUCGAGCGAAGAGGAUAGCGACAGCGAGGAUAACAGAGUUGAAGCGGAGAAAAAGACGAAGACUACUGAGCAGGAUCAACUAGAAACGGAAGACCAGACUGGUUCUGACGACUCUGAAUCAGCCUCUGAAUCCGAAUCCGAAUCUGAAUUCGACUCGGACGCCAGCGAAGAGAAUGGACCCAAGGAUGAGCCUAUUACGCCCCGGAUUGAUCACUCGAUCCCCAUUAUUGAGGAUGGGGGUGUCAUUGAUGCAGAUGGUGAUCUACAGAUGGAAGAGCCCGUUGUGACUAGGAGCUCUCGGUCCUCAAAUCAGUUGGAUUUCUCGAUCUCGAAAACCAGCGGUACAACCCAUGAUACCGGAUCUCGCAAGCGGAAGCAGGCCUCCGAAGAACAUAUAUCGGUUAAAGCAGCUCGCCAAGGACAGACUCAUCCCUCGACCCGACCCCCAUCUACCCCUCCCCGUUCUGUGCCUGCGGUCAUUGUGCACUCUCAACCGGCUCGGCAGACCGAGUCGAAAUCGCCGGCUGCGCAAAUGAGCCCAGUGCGCACACGAAACCGUGCGCCUCCUUUCUCGAGUCCGGCUCGACAAGCCAGUGUCCGAGAGGAGAACAAAACGCCCCCCAAAACCUUUCAGUCUGGAAUUGGGUUGGGUAUCACACAGAGCCCUUCUAGCCAUCAACCUGUCAUCGUGGAUCUUUCACAGGAAUCCAACGCAAUCUCCACCCAGGAUUCUUUUGGCGGACCACUUUUCCCAAGUAGCAACGUGACUGCUAGUGAUGUGCCUUCUUUCACUCCUGUUAACAAGCAUACUCCUGCGAUUGACAAAACGAAAAAUCUCCAUUCCGUUCUCCGUGGCAAGGAUUCCCCGGCAACGGAAAGGCGAUCCGUGUCUUUCGCCGAGGGAGAGAACCUUGCUUCUAGCUUCGAUUCUGCCCCACGCUCCACUCCGCGCAACACUUCGAUUAGUUCCAAAUCUGCUCCCGCCGCCAACACCAAAGGGACGCCUCUUAGCGCAACCUCACGAAAUGCCAAGUCCAAGGCUAGGUCUGCUCAGCAGACGCCUACCUCCGCUGUCAAAUCUACCCUACAGACGUCUCCGGCCACCACGUCUAGCAAAGCCACGCCUAAAGCCAAGGUCAAUAAACCCACGCCAAAGUCCACUUCUAACCAUGCUCAGGCAACACCAUCCAGCGGAGACGUGGUCUACCCACCUGGCUUUGACGUUCAGCUGUUGACACAGCAAGUUGAGAACGAACAGAAGAUCAAGGCACAGUCAAAGUCGGACGAGAAAUCGCUGAGGGAGAAGGAAACAGCGGAGAGAAAAGAAAUUGAGCGCAAGCUUCCAGAAAGCUAUGAUCCCCAGCUUACGAUCAUUCUGACCGAGAUGCAAAAUAUCUUGCACAGACUGGCGGACACCAAGCUGGGAUUGGUCAAGCGAAAACCGCUCCGCGCCAAGCUCGACACCUUGCGAGAGGACUUGAAAGUGUGCGAACAGAGAUUGGAGGCAAAACGGUCCACCCCUCGACAAGCUGUCGUAACAAAAUCAAAGCUAACCCUCAAGGAGAUGCUGAGCAGCCAAAAGCAGGAAAUUGCUGCCAAGCUACGACCCAAGACCAAGUCCGCCCCACCUCCCCGUAGUGAUGUGUACGAAGUGCCCAGCUCCGGCGAGUCUGAGUCUGAGUCUGAGUCCGAGUCUGAGUCUGAGUCCGAGUCCGAGUCCAGUGACGAUGACAGUGACAGCGACUCGGGCGAUAUUAUGCCCGAUGGUCAGUCACUCAAACUGCAGAAGCCUCGAUCUAAGUUGUCCAAUUAA